GCGCACAGCAGUUGACAGGCUGGGAACACAGCAAUACACACAUAGUGUUCAGUGUCCGAGUGCUGGGUGAACUUGUGUGUACGCGGGAAUCUGUGGUUGGUCUGCUGAUUCGUGCCACUCUGCUCUCUGUACAUAUCUAACUCCACUGGCUCCACACAGCAGACUUAUCACUCACUUCUCUCAGCAUAUAUCGAAGAACACAUCAAACCAACCCUCAAGCCCACCACACCCCGAGAAGGCAUCUCAUCUCCCGACCGACACGACACAUACGUACCCACAAUCAACACACCGACCAAGCAAAGCCUCCGUCCGUCCGUCCGUCCAUCCAUCCAUCGUAUCAGAUCGAUCACAUAAGUAGGUCUUCGACAGUGCCGAUGAGAGCCCCAUUGUCCCAUUUCCACGGGAAGAAGAUCGGUCCGAAGAAGUCGUCCUUGUAGCCCUUGAUGGCGAACUCGAGGAAGCGCCCCAGGAUGGCCGCACCGAGGCACAGCCAGAACCAAUCCACCACGUCCUCAAACAGCGUACGCGCAGGACUCUUCAGCGUUGCUGAACGAGGACAUCACGUAGAGAACGCGAUACGCAACGGUGUGCGCGUCUGUCUGUCCGUGUGUGUGCGGGGCGUGUGUGGUCUGGACUUUCAUGGUCCCUGACCGAGUCUGUCCCGCUUCCGCUUUUCGUACCACCUCAUGACCGCCUCCUCUGUGCCGUACUCCUCGCUCUGUGACUGCGCCACCAGAUCACCCAAGAGCACCUCAGACUCACUCACCAACGUCUCCAUCUUCUGCCCGGUCUUCACAUCGCCCCUCCCCCUCUUGGACACCCUUGAAGCAGCACCACCGGCACUGGCGGCACCAGCAGCAUCGACAGUGAGGUCACCGAUGAACACCUCAUCCUCUGCAGACUCGCCCUGUGCUCGCGAUGGCUUCAUAGGCUGCUGCGUCGCCUCUGGCACAUUGCUGCUGUCGACAGCUGCCCGUGCUGCUUGGUGACGUCUUGAUGUCGAUAGCACACGGCGACGAAAGAGCAGAGGUGCAACGAUGAAUGCCGAGGGAUGGGCAUCGAUGGACAGAGUCGCCGCGGCAUAUGAGAUGGCAAGCAUGGAUCUCGUGAGCAGCAACAAGAGAACGGGUGGCAAAGACGAGAGGCAGACAGAUAGAUGCUGAGCCUUCAUUCCUGGUAGCUCCAGACUCACGAAGGCUUUGGUUG